AAAAUAAAUAAGUGAGAGAAACUGCUAAAAAAAGAGAGAAAAAGAGUGUGUGUCUGUGUGUUUUCUCUCGUGUCAGUUUCUGCUUAGCUUCUCAAAAUCUGUUGUCCCUUCAAAAUUCCUCUUCUGUUUUCUGCUUUUUUCCUAUCUUCAGUUCAUUUUGCUUAUUAUAAGCACAAUUUACUUUAGUUGUGUUCAAACAAAAUUGUUCCCCUGAUUUCAGAGCUUUUUGCAGUGUAAUAUUUUCUGAAUUAUUGUCAGAAAAAUAUGAAUGUGUGAUUAGUUAUUCUUGGAGAUUACACAACUAGCACAAUUUCAAGAAUGGCCUGUUUUUCUUCACUAUUUGCAUUACUGUAGUUUACAUGCUCAAGAAAAGCUGGAGUCUUUUGUAUCUCUUCUAAUGGCAAACUAAUGAAACCAGUAGCCAAGUCAUCAAAGAUGAAAGAAGUGCCAACUCCAUUCAUUGUUUUUCAACUUAGGUGAAAUUUGCCAUCAUAUAGUUAAAGAUAUACAAGACGCCAGUGGGUUUUGAGUGAUUUUCGUUUUUUUGCAUAGUAAAAGGAAAAUGACUUUAAAAUCAAAGAAAGGAUGGAAUUCAGUAGUGCCCCUCCGUUUGAAGACCAAAUCAUCAGCAAAUUUUUGUUUGCUCCCCAGAGUGAAGUCAGAUCGUUUUGGUCCUGGUGAGACGCCAGUGUGUCUCAACGUGUAUGACUUGACACCUAUGAAUAACUAUGUCUAUUGGGCUGGCUUUGGUAUCUUUCAUUCUGGUGUGGAAGUUCAUGGUGUAGAAUACGCAUUUGGAGCUCAUGACUACCCGACCAGCGGUGUCUUUGAAGUUGAACCGCGGCAAUGCCCAGGAUUUAAGUUUAGGAAGUCGAUAUUUAUUGGGACCACAAAGUUGGAUCCCCCUCAGGUUAGAGAGUUUAUUGAACAUCAAGCUGCUGCCUAUAAUGGUGACUCGUACCACUUGAUUGUGAAGAACUGCAACCAUUUUUGCAAGGAUAUAUGCUACAAGCUGACUGGGAAGAAGAUUCCGAAAUGGGUGAACCGACUUGCAAAAUUAGGUUCAGCAUUCAACUGCAUGUUACCUGAGGCUUUGAAAAUUGCUGCUGUCGAAGACGAACCUAAUGGCCCAGAAUACGUGAGUGAAAAGAGAAGGUUGAGAAGUACUUUCAGUUGUCUUUCUUCAAUUUCAACAAGACAGCAGAAGUUAUCUACGUCUUCGAUGUUUCUACAGUCACCCCUUAAAGGCUGCUUACCUUCUUGGGAGUUAAGAAAGUCUACCAAUCGCUCCGUAAAAGAAAGGUAAACAUUAUGGACCCUUUUGUGAUCCCAUUUCCCUUGGAAUAUCCUGAAGAAGAAAAUAUGUGAAGCUACACCGUGUGUUUCAUGAAAACAAAGAAAUGAUUGAGAUUAGCUUGCUUUAAGGUGGUGUACUAUUUGUAAUGUGGCAUUGCAGUGAAUGCAAUAUGCCUUGCUUGAUCCCUUAUCUUUAGAGUAAUUUCUGUCUCAUUCAUCGAUUGAUCACGCGAGUAUGUCAGAAAAAACACGUACAUCCUGCAUUUGAGAAAAAGUCUGUCAAUUGAUCUCUAUUCAUUCGGUCAAGGUUUCCACUUUUCACGUCGUUCUACUAAGAGGCACCAUGUUGAGAAAUCACCAAUCCCUUGGAGCAGUAUAUUUGCCAUUUUAAGUCUGGUGAUAUGCCGGGAUGCUAUACUGCAUAUGACUAGUGCUCUUUUACAGUUUAGGCUUUAUUCUUUACUGCAGAAUGUUACAGUUGUA